GUGGUAGUGGGAAGCACACUCGCCACAUUCCGUUUUUCUUUUUGACAACGACUGGGUUAGCGAGCCAGUCAGGAUACCUCACCUAUGGAUCCGACUUUGAGGAGUUUUUCGGCCUCAUCAUUAACUGCACCAGCGCACUCUGGUCCCAACUGUCGUCUCUUUUGUUUGAAAGGUUUGAAAGUCGGGUCGACGUUGAGCUCGUGACAUGUGAUGUUGAUAUCAAUCCCUGGCAUGUCCUCUGCGGCCCAUGCGAAUGUGUUCAAAUUCUUUUCAGAGCAGCUAUGAGCUCGACUUUCAAAGACACUCAGGUUCGUGCCGAUUUAAACAAAUCGAUCUGGGAAUGCUUCGUCUAAGGAUACCGAGACAACGGGCUCGCAGGCCGGCUUGCGUUUUCCUUCCAAAGCUUCGGCUACUCGUGACUGCCAAAGGAUUUCAGUUUUGUCUUGUUUUAGAGCGUUGUCAACGGCAGGCGAUUUCUUUUUCUUUUUAAUUUGAACCUCCGCCGAUGGGUUUUUUCGCUUUAAUUCUGCAGCGAAGCAGACUCGCGAGAUUCUUUGAUCUCCCUAGAUGGUCUUGAUUCCGCGAGGGGUUGAGAAUUUGAGACACAUGUGGUAUGUUGACGGGACUGCUUGCAUUGAAUUCAGCCAUGGAGUUCCUACGAUCGAGUUAUACGACGCGGGUCGAUCGAUGACCAAGAACUCCACGAUUUUUGUCAUGCUGCCGGCCUUAACCGAGAGGUUGAUUGUGCCGAGAGUCAUGGUAGCUUCCCCCGAGAGUCCUACUACCGGGUUCAGAUAUUGGGUGAUUUCGGAUGGAUUGAUUUCCAUUUUUGCGAGGGUGUUUUUGAAGAUGAUAUCGGCCGAGCUUCCGGUGUCGACCAAUAUCCUUGCGGUAUCGAUAUUCUGGAUUGUCAGCUCGAUCACAAGGAGAUCGUUCAGAGGUUUGACCGGAUCAGCCGUUGCUCUUUCCUUGAAGGAGAUGACAUCGCUGCCUGUUUGAUUAGGAAUAUCGUGACUCAGACGUUCGAUGUUUUUGAGUUAGAAAAUCCGAUCCCCCACCCCUCCUUUCAGCCCCAAACUGUGGGAACCAAAAUUCGCACUGUCGAUUUUCCGUAAAAUAAGAAAAUAUAGGAAACCCUAAAUUUCUCAGAGGUCUCGAUUUAUCUGCGUAAACACACAAAAACGAAAGAGAUAAAGAUAACAAAAUAUUGAAAGUAAGUUGCACAUAGGCGUAUUAUUGAUUGACAAUAGUAAAGUUACAGGGUUUUCGAAAGACAAGACAAACAGAGUUUCGCUAGCCAAGUUAAUCUCAGAACAAAGACGAAAAGAGUCUAAGCAAAAAUCAAACCGCCUAAAUUCAAAGUUUUUCUAUACUAGCAGAGUUUUUCUAAGUCUAAAACUUCUCAUCCUGCCCCUUUUGCUUUAGCUGCCUUAUAUAUGCCUUCUGGAUCGGUUCCCGUUCCCCUUUUUGCCCCUAUGUUAAGUUUAUCGCUUCCCAGAAAUAUUCUUUUUUUUUCUCGAUCUUCAUCGUUAUCUUGGAAACUUGACAUUUCUCGCAGGAUCUAUCUUCCUCUGUAGGUAAAGAUACACCGUCAAAGCAUUGUCGGGCUCAAUUUCGUAUGAAAUCGGAAGUGGGCAUUUAGUUGUGUCCUAGGCCUCUUUGGGCCAUUUUUCGACUUAGACGUUUUUACGACUUUUACGAGUUGAACUGCUCAUUUGGUUCCGUGAUCUCUCUCUCUCUCGAGUCUUCUGCUUCAAAACCUUUUGUCGAGAGUGUGUUGAAAAAGCAUUCGUACAGAAGUGCAAUUUUAGACGUUGAUUCUGAGAUAACCGUUUUUGACCCCAACAAAUAUCCAUACAAGAAAGUUUUGGAGAUGUCAAGUUGGCUUCGAUCACUACAAGAAAAAUGAGUUUUAAUAGCAGACCGGAAUAGCGUUUUUUACGAUUGUGCUAUGGUUGACAUAUCCGUUAGUUUUAGAUAGCGUUUGUAUAUUUGGAAACGCUAUGAUAAAGUAGUAUAUUUGGAAACGCUAUGAUAACGUAUGGUUUUAUAUGUAACACUUGAAUUUAAUAGCAAAACAUGAUUAAAAAUGCUAUGUUUGGUUUUUGAAUCCCUAAACCCUAAAACAAGUUUUUAAACCCUAAACUCUAAAUGCAAACUGUAAACUCUAUUUUAACAUCAAUUUUAAAUUUAACUUCAAAUGUUAGAUAUAAAGUAAAAAAAUUUAAUCUUUUCUAAAAAUUUAUCUCUAAUCUUAAAAUCAAUAUCCCAAACUUUUAACUUUUAAAUCCUAUUACUCAUACAUUAUUUAUUCUAAACUCCAAAUUUUAAAUAUAAACUCUACAAGUAAUUAAAAAAUUAUCAACACUAAAAAUUUUAUUCUAAAAGUUUAAACUAAUCUCUAACACUUAAUAUUUACAAUUUCUAAAAGUAUUUAUCUCCAUAUAAUAUUAAAACUACAAUAAAAAUAUCCAUAAUUAGUAAUCUCCUUGUGCUUAGAAAAAAAUAUAGUAAUCCUCCUACUAUUCUUUCAUUGGCCGAAACAAAAAGUGUGUGGAUUGCAAAGUGUACACCAUUGAUUAAAUUCAUUCAAUGGUUCAGAUUAAUUCAAUCUGUGUUUCUUCCUCUUCCUCUCUCGUGUCUUUGUUAUACAAUCAGACCACAAUUCAUUAUUCUUUAUAGUUUCUUUUAUUCUUUUUUUUUCAGAUCUUAAACAAUUUUUUAUCUUUGUCUUCUUCACUACAACACUAUCUCUCUCUGCACAUCGUUUUUCUUUCUUCUCUACGAUCUCUCUCUCAUCUCUAUUGUUUCCUUCUUCAAGGCCAACCUCUCAUCUUCUUCUCUGUAUCUCAUCUCUUCUCUACCUCUGCUCAAGCUUGCCCACGUCUUCUCGUCAUGAAUCUCGAACUGUCGCGAGUUCUCCAUCUCUGCCGUCGCCGUCUUCUGAUCUGUCUCCUCCUCUGUUCCGUGACGAAAUGACUUCUCCUCCCAUACUUUGUGAAAAUUAUACUCCUCUACUUUGUGACAGCUCUGCUAGAUGACGCGUCCUCUGCCUCUCGCCUCCGUGAAGUCUAUUUACCGUGAUGUCUCUCUCCCUCUGUGCGCCGCCUCUCCUCCACUCAUCUACGCCUCCAAACCUCCUCUCCUCCACAACAAGCCGAAGAUAGCUCCUCCUCUGCCACAACCCUACAUCUCAUCCUCGCUGGAGACAGCUUUGCUUCUCGUCGAUAGUGCCAUGGCGGCUCGUUGGAGAACAACCAAAUUAGGUUUAGGUGUUAACUGUAUAAUUUUUGUUUUAGGUUUAGUUUUUUUAGUUAGGCUAUUUUGUAACUAUUUUAAUUGUAAACCAAAUUCAAUUAUUUUGUAAAUCAAAAUUAAUAUAUAAUAUAUAUUUUUUUUUUGUGAUUUGUAUUUUUUUUUGUUUUUUAAUAAUAUAAAUAAUAACGAAAAUUAUACGCUAUUAAAACAUAUUUAAUUGCAUAUAUAAAAGCGCUAUUGUAUAUAAUCAUAAGAUAGCAGUUUAAAAAAGCGCUAUCUAAUGUGCCAUACCUACUAUGACGGGCGAUGAUACAGCGUUCCUUAAACCGCUAUCGUAUCGUUAUAUAGCGUUUUUCGUCCGCUAAUAAAACCCAUUUUUCUUGUAGUGGAUUCCAGUUAUUUACCGUAGAAAUAACUAUGAGUAUUUUUAUCGUAUUCAUUUUUGCCAUAUGAGAGAAGAUAUCAACAAAGUCUAUACCUUAUUAAUGUGUAUAUCUUUUGGCUAGCAGACAUGUCUUAUAUAAGCUCCCAUCUGCAUUAAUUUUCACUUUAUAGACUCACUUUCAUCCCAUGACAUUUUUGUCUGAAGGAAAGGACCAUAUUAGAUCAUGUGUUAGUUGUUUCCAGAGCAAGGUGUUCCUUAUUCAUUGUCUUUAACCACUUAUCAAAUGUAUUACUUUGCGUGAAAUAUCUAGGCUUUGGAUGUAAGUUAACUACAGAAAUAUAUGCUAUGUAAUAAUCACACAGAUUAUCAAGGGACAUAUAUGCAGAUAAAGGAUAUUGAAUGUUCAUGUCGAAAUCAAAGAUAUUGCAGUAAUCGCAAUGAAGAUAAAUUGACAGCUUAGACAACAGCUUAGUAUUAUCCCAACUGAAUUAGGAACAGAAUUAUGAAGAACAUAUUGUACAUUCACGAUCGUAGAGGGUUGACCAAGAUUUGGGGUAGCGAUCUCUACUACAAGAAUUAUAUCGUUGCUUUAUCUAUUCAUAGCAGUAGACUCAUGUGGAGGUAAGAAGAAGUCUGAAUAGGAAAUAAAUUGACAUUUGGCAUGAGAGAAGAUGUCUCAUGAAAUAUAAAAUCUCUUGAUAUGUAUGACUUAUUAUUUUCAUAUCCAUGACCAUAUAGCCAUUAUAACAUGCAUGAUAACCAAAGAAGAUGCAAGUUCUAGACCGAAGCUGAACUUGUUUUUGUUCGUUGAAAAAAUUAAACAUUAAGCUAAACAGCCCAACACCCGAAGACCAUUAUACUCCACUUUUUUAAAAGAUAAAAACCUCAAAUGAGACUUUUCUUUCCAUAUUUUUGUUGGUAGUCAGAGGAUAAAAACAACUAAAGUAAGAACAUAUUUUCCCAUAAUUCCAGUGGCACCUGAGGCUUUAACUUAAGAGAAUAAGGAACAGUAAGGAUGUGUUAAUGCUUCCCCUCAACCACAUCAUUAUGUGCACAGGGCCGGCUCAAACAUUGACUUUUUUGUCCUAAUAAAGCCUUUUUUAGGCUAUUUUAUUUAUUAGGUAAGACGUUUUAUUUCAAUAAAAUAUUCGAUAUAAUAUAAGUAUAAGUUAAAUGUAAAAGCAAAAAAAUAAUAAGCCAAGCUUACAAGUUACAACAAAAAAAAAAGAGGCGACAUCAAUCAUUCAUUGGUCCAAAUUAAACCGAUCAAAUUUAUCAGUUUUUAACCGUGUACUAAUCAUAAGGCCCAUGAAGCUCAACAUUCUUUUAAAAUAAUUUUGUUGUCUUCUUCCUUUGUACUUAAAGAACAGAACUGUGAUCUGUCGAGAACAGUCCGGUGAACUGUGAGCACACAGGCCACAGCACAUUAUGUGCCCCUUGUCUCUGGGCCCCGUUAUGUGCCCCUUAGUCUCUGGGCCCUGGGCGGGUGCACUGCUCGCCCUUAUGCUUGAGCCGGCCCUGUAUGUGCAUGAGUUUCAGGGUAAGAAUGGAAUUGAAAAAUCUCUUUCCUCUUAAUCAGAUCCACAAGUUUCAGUUACUGAGCAUUAUCUGACCGCACUACAGUGACCAUUGUUUAAUAUUGAGUCUUGAUCUUCUUUUGAAAGUCAGGAAAGACAUAUAAGACCUCCUUUUGGUGCGAAUAAUACAAACCCAAGUGGCACUUCAUGUACAAUGGUAAGGAAAUGGAUAUAACCUUCCACAAUUGAUAUAGAGAAAGUAUCCCAUACAUCAAUGUGUAAAAGAUCAAAGGCAUUAUCUUUUAUUCUUUUGUUUAAUCCAUGUAAUCUAUUAUUAUUACAUCGGUUUUAGAAAUAGAUGGAUGGUCUAGUCUAUUAUGUCAUAUAUUGUCAUCAACAACAACAUUUGAACUUACUGCAAAUUGUUGUUGAAGUGAGUUACAACCUUUAUUAUCAGCUAUAUUAAAGACGUAAAGGUUGAAUAACUGAUCACUCUUCCCAAUCGCCAAUUCCUUGGUAUGUGCAUGUAUCAUACAAGAAUCCAUGUCAAAUGUAACUCGGCAUCCUAAAUCCUUGGUCAACUGGCUUACCCUAGGUAGUUUUAGUCUGAAAACAUGUAUAUACAAAACAUUAGUUAAUAUCAGAAAAUUCUUUAAUUUAAUGUUGCAUACCCCCUGCAAUUUCACUCCAAAUCAUGUUGAUAAGGUGAAAAACGUAUUCAUUGGAUCAGAAAGUCAAGCAAAUAAGGGUCUAUCAUUUGAGACAUGAUAUUUAGCUCCACUGUGUAUCCUGAGAAAAUUAUAUUUCUCUUAGCUAUUACAUAUGCCAACGAAAUGCAAUGUAGAGUUACAUAAAGCGUUACUUGGGAGUGUUAAUGUGGUUCCACCAGUAGAACAAGUCACAUAAUUCACUUGAGUACUUGGAGGUGGAAGUUGUUAGUUAAAAGUAUGCAAUGACUCCUUCAGUCUGAACCUUUGAGAGAUUGUGUAGUGACCCAAAUUUUGACCCAAAGAAUUCAGGUCGAAGCCCAAAUCCAUUCCUAGAGGUCCAAGGUAUUUUUUUUAUAAAAACCCACAUUUAUCCACUUUAGUUCCUCACAAACUUUAUGCAAAAGAAGAAGAAGAGUUAGAGAGAGAGUGAGCUAAGAGAAGAGGUGUGAUCUUUUACAGUGAGUGGGUAGCCGGAGCUCGUCGCCGGAGCAACCGUGUGCCGUGAUCACGUUCAGCUCGACACCACCGUUCGCAACCCUAGACCACCAUCGUGUUCCUCUCGUCGAGACGAAGCCGUAGAGGAAACCGCUAGAGCCUCCCGAAGUUUCGCCUCUGCGCGGGCGUGAAACGCACGCGCCGUCGCCGUCCGCCGGAGCCACCGCGCAUUCCGGCCACUCGCUGCCGUCUCCGACCAACGUUCGCUGGAGCCGCCGUAACCGGCCACCGUCCGUUCGCCGCCGAGAAGCUGCCGCCGCGUCGCCGCCUCGCCGCCGUCGCCGCCGUUGAUUUUCCGGUAAGCCGCCGCCACCCUCCACCGUCGCCGCCGGUGACUAUUGUCCGGUGACUCGCCGACGACUCGCCAACUCGGCUGAGUCGACCCGAUUUGGAAUCUAUUUGAGCAGCUGGAGUUCAUAGAUACCACGUCUUCUUGUUGCUAAGAUGCCGCCUAGGAAGAGAGUUGUUCGUACUCAGACCGUCAGAGACGCUAGAGAGGUUGAGGCUGAGGACGAGCAUGUCCAGCCCGCAGUUCCGCAGCAGGCGGCUCCGCCUAUUGAUCAGGACGCUUUGAGACAGAUGGUUCAGGAUGCGGCUAGGCAGGCUGCAUAGGAGGCAGUCCAGCAAGCUGCCCAUGAGGCUGCCCGAGUAGCUGCUCAGAAGGUUGCCAGACAGAUGGCUGCAGUUCAGCAGGGUCAGCAAAUUCCACAUGGUCCUCAGGUUCAGGUGCAGCAGGGUCCGCAGAUUCACAUGCAGCAGGCCCCACCUGUUCAGGUUCAGCAUGAUCAUCAGGUUCCACAUCAGCCGGCUCCAGCUCUGCAGUAUCCUCAGGUUCCCGUUCAGCCUGUUCCAGGAGUUUUUCAGGUUCCACCGCCACCACCUGCUUUCCCAGUUCAGGUGCCCGAGGUUGAUGAGACAUUUAUCAGGGUGUUGGGACAGAUGAAGUAUGUGAGUUUGGAGCAUUUCAGUGGGACGACGGAACCUACAAUUGCUCACGAUUGGAAGCACAGUUUGGAUAAGUGUUUGAAGACCAUCUCGUGCCCGCCAAGGCUCAAGCUUAACAUCGCUGAGCUUUAUUUGCGUGGAGAUGCAUCAAUCUGGUGGGAUGGAGUGAGAUUGAUGCACCGUGGUGAGCUGACAUAUGAUGAUUUUCUGUACGCGUUCAACAAGAAGUAUUUUCCGAGAGAAGCUUUGCAUGAGAAAAAGAAUGACUUCGAGCAUUUGAGGCAAGGAGCAAAGUCUGUGAGGGAGUAUGAGCGGGAGUUUAAGCAACUCCGCAGAUUUGUGGGUAACACCAUUGAUGACGAGGAUCUGAUCAGGAGGUUCUUAGAUGGGAUGCGAGUAGAGCUUCGUGGUAGAUGCAGUGUGGUUACCUACACCAGUUUGGAGGAUCUGGUAGAGAAGGCGGCUGUGCAAGAGAAAUGUAUGGUAGAGGAGCAGAAGUUCUCCAAAGCAGUUCAGCCUAAGGCCGGAGGGACUUCGGGAUCACAGAAGAGGACUUGGGAACAGACUGGAACACCCCAUUGUGGGCGUUGUCGUCGCCAGCAUUUUGGGGAAUAUCUACAGUGCUUUAACUGUGGUCUGUUUGGGCAUAUCUCGAAGAAUUGUAGGAAGCCGCCACAUACUCAGGUUGCAGCGCCAACAGCGGUAGUAGCACCAGCAGCGGCAGCGAGGAACUGUUACGGCUGCAACCAGCCAGGUCACAUUUACAGAGAUUGUCCGAGGAGAGGCAAUGCAGCGCUUCCACCACCACCGAAGCGUCCAGCCAUCGCUCCACGUGUGUUUGCGUUGGAGAUCCCCAGGGAGCUGAGCCGAUAGCGGGUAUGUGACUUUUCCAUACUUAUUGUCUUUGAAUAUUUUUGGUGUGUGGUUAUCAUGUGUAGUUAGUAAAAAUCUCGUGUAGGAUCGGUUUCGGUUGGAGGAGAGUCAGCUUAUACCUUAUUCGACACGGGAGCAUCUCAUAGUUUUGUGAGUCCGCACUUAGUCCGGUCUUGGUCUUUUCGGAG